AUGCAUCACCUUCAAGGCACAUUGAUGCCUUUCCUUUAUCCAUGUUUAAUCGAAUCUGCCACAACUUCAAUUCGGUCGCAAGCACGACGACUAUCCAGGCACGUCGGUGCAAAUCCAUUCCGGCAUAGCAUAUCCAGACAACAAUCCUCUCUCGCAGAGACCGACAACACCCGUGGUGCAACUGCCCAAGAUUAUCCUCCAGUAACACCGUCUUCGCGUCUCAACCCUGCGCCGGACGACUACGGACGCAAUGUCUUCGUCGACAAAUGUACGUUGACGGUGCACGCUGGCUCAGGCGGCAACGGAUGUGUCUCUUUCCUCCGUGAUGUGCAUAUAUCCGACGGUCCACCGAACGGCGGUGACGGAGGCUCUGGAGGGAACAUCUGGAUCCAGGCGGUGGCAGGACAGACCAGCCUGCACAAACUCGCUAGAAGGGGGGUGAUAAAAGCCGGGCGUGGAAUCGGUGGAAAGGGCUCAAGCCAAGGCGGGCGAAAAGGGGAAGACAUAUGUGUCCAGGUGCCCGUCGGGACUGUGAUUAGGGAGGUUUGGCGCAGCGACCCGGUGGCGGAUGAGGAGGACCGAUUGAAAGAACUGGCCGGCAUGAGCGACGAAGACCCGUACUCGCUUCCUGAACACGGAUUGCGCGACAAGUGGAUUCUAUACGCCGGCGUGACUCGCAAUGAAGCCAGAGACGUGGUGGCGAACCUGCCACCACCGCUGAAACCAAGGAGGAGCCAUCUCGCCAUCCUCCAGCCUCCGACCCCGAUCAAUCUCGAUCUCGACCAGCCUAUGGAGAAGCCUAUCCUUCUGGCAGCAGGCGCCGUGGGUGGGUUGGGGAACCCGCACUUCGCGACCAAGAACGAGCCCAAACCCAAGUAUGCGACUAAAGGCGAACUCGGGGUGCGAAUGAAACUGGAACUCGAGCUCAAACUGCUCGCCGACGUGGGUCUCGUCGGCCUCCCGAACGCCGGGAAAAGCACGCUCACGCGCGCCAUCAGCAAUUCGCGCACGAGGAUAGGAGACUGGGCGUUCACGACCCUGGCUCCUACCAUCGGCACCGUCAUUCUCGACAACAACGAGGGCCGGCCUCUGGUCCGCUCCGGCGUCGAAGGGGGACCUCCUCGAACGAGUUUCACGGUAGCAGACAUUCCGGGACUGAUUGAAGAUGCUCAUCUCGACAAAGGCUUGGGCCUGGCCUUUCUUCGCCACGUGGAACGCGCCCGCGUCCUUGCGUUCGUGGUUGACCUGGGCGCUGGGGACGCCGUUGUCGCGCUGAAGAACCUCUGGAAAGAGGUUGGCGAGUACGAGAACCUGCGCAACAGGGAAUUGAACGAGCAGACCAAGACGCGGAACAUUGACUGGGCUCCCUUCGGCCCGCUUUCUUCCUCGUCCUCCAGCGCAUUUCGAUCCAACGCCGAGCCUCUGUACGACGAUUCGGGCGAAGAGAUAUCUAUCUUCCCACCUCCCCCUUCCCCAUCCACGCUGCUUGAACCUCUCAAGCUCUCACCCAUCAGUGCGAAGCCGUGGUUCGUCAUUGCCACCAAAGCGGACAAGGAUUCGGCUGUUACCCAGGACCAGUUCCAGAGGCUGGCCGCCUAUGUGCGGCAAGUCGAGAGCGGUGAAGUCGAGCAUCCUAGUGGCAACCGUAACGGAUGGAGGCAUAGGGUCGCUGCCAUCCCAGUAUCUGCCAUCCACGGCCACGGGAUCGACAAGGUGAUCCGAUAUACCGCAGGCGUGUUGGACAGUCUGACGGUCAGCCGUUAA